GCGGUCGCGGUCACUCUCCGGCUAUCGUUCUCCUCUCGUUGGUGGUUCCCGCUGGACCUGGUCAGCUUCCACUGUGGGCCUCGUAGAGAUGUGACUGUGCGGAAAAGAUUUUGUCUUAGCUCCAGCCUCCCAGCGCCGUGGUUAUUAGUAGCUGACCCUCCCUCCCUCUGUCGAAGAAAAGAAAGAAAGAAAAAAGAACCAUGUGAGACCCGGUCUGCUUCCUCUUUCCCUCUCGUUUCCCCUCCCCCUCUUCGAAGUACCCUUCGUGGUCCUCGUGAGCUCGCUCAAUUAGCUCGUCCAUCCCUCCGUCUCCCACGUCUCCUCCUUCACUGGUGGGGAUUUUUCGUGCCGACUUGCAUACACAAUCGUUGAAACACGGUUUGGUCGGAUCCCAUCUCGACGCGAUGUUUGGCGGCAGUAGCAGCGAUCCCGAUCUGGAAAAGGCGCCUCAGGUGGCCAAGCUCCCCGCCGAUGACAGUAGCGAUGGAGCGGUUCCCGGAGAGAGCUUUGCCUACGGCAAUUCUCUCUACGCUAAGGUGCAGCGUCUGGCUGGAAAGCUCAAUAUCGAGCAGCGCGGUAUUGAGCGGGUGCCGGCGGAUGAGCAGACGGACACGUCAUAUUUCAAUAUUGGCAGCAUGUGGCUGGCCGCCAACAUGGUAGUCAGUUCUUUCGCCAUCGGUGUCCUUGGGAAAUCCCUGUUCAACCUCGGUUUUGUCGACGCCAUCCUGGUCGACAUCUUCUUCAACCUGUUGGGUAUCAUGACCGUCUGCUUCUUUUCGUGCUUCGGUCCUCCCUUCGGUCUACGACAAAUGGUGCUGUCCAGGUUCUGGUUCGGCUGGUGGGCAACCAAAUUCAUUGCCUGCUUGAAUGUGUUGGCUUGUGUGGGCUGGUCCGCCGCCAACUCCAUUGUGGGUGCCCAGCUGUUGAACGCAGUAAACAGUGACGUGCCGGGUUUUGCUGGCAUCCUCAUUAUCGCUUUCUGCACUCUUUUUGUCACGUUCGCAGGAUACAAGGUGGUCCAUAUGUAUGAGUACUGGAGUUGGAUCCCCACCUUCAUCGUCUUCGUGAUCGUGUUCGGCACUUUUGCCCACUCCGGCGAUUUCCGAAACAUCUCAAUGGGAGUUGGAACUUCUGAGAUCGGAGGUUGUCUGUCUUUCGGCUCCACUGUCUACGGCUUCGCCACCGGAUGGACCAGUUAUGCUGCUGAUUACACCGUGUACCAGCCUGCAAACCGCAGUCGCCGCAAGAUAUUUUUCUCCGCCUGGCUCGGACUCAUCAUUCCUCUGCUCUUCACCCAGAUGCUUGGCAUUGCGGUCAUGACCGCUACUUCCAUCGAUGGCGGCGAUAACAAAUAUGCAUUGGGUUAUUCGACGUCUGGAAAUGGCGGUCUGCUCGGCGCUGUUCUCGAGCCGCUUGGUGGUUUCGGCAAGUUUUGCUUGGUCAUUCUUGCUCUUUCCAUCAUUGCCAACAACUGCCCCAACAUCUACUCCGUCGCUCUUACCCUUCAGGUUCUGAGUCGGUACUCCCAGAAACUCCCUCGAUUCAUCUGGGUUUUCCUGGGUUCCUGCGCCUCGGUGGCCAUCGGAAUUCCGGGAUACUCGUAUUUUGAAACCAUCCUGGAGAACUUCAUGAACUUUAUUGCAUACUGGCUUGCUAUAUACUCCGGCAUCUCCCUCACCGACCAUUUCGUCUUCAAGCGAGGCUUUUCGGGAUACCGCCCCGAGCUGUAUGACAAGCGCGACAAGCUGCCCCCCGGCAUUGCCGCUUCUCUUGCGUUUGGGUUCGGCGUUGCCGGCAUGAUCACCGGAAUGAGCCAGUCGUGGUGGGUGGGACCUAUUGCGUUGCAUGCGGGCAAGGCACCUACUGGCGGUGACAUCGGCUUUGAGUUGGCUUUCGCCUUCGCGUCGGCGUCGUAUAUGAUCUUACGACCCCUCGAAAUCAGAAUAUUUGGUCGGUAAAUACGGGCGUUGAUUGCAAGGUUUAGACAUGCAUUUGGGUAUAUAGUUUGUUCAUAUGGGUUCAUUUCGUUUUUGAAAUUUUUAUGUGGAAAUGUCGAGCUAGGACUUUGCGACAGGGACUGUAAAUAGAUGUUUAAUUACUGAUGCUAACGAUGCAUUUGCUCAAUGAG